CUCCCCUCUGGAAUAGACGCAACAGCAGAACAAAUUAUUGAGAGAUAGGCACGCCCCACAGGCCGGCCACAGUGCGCCAGCACCACUUGAACCUGAAGCAGAGGCCACACUGCAAGCGCAGGGACGAUGAAGCCGCAGACGCAGCUCCUCCUCCUCUUAGCCUACAUCGCCGCGGCGCUGGUCAUGAGCCGCGGCGUCCUCGCCGGCGCCGGCACCAGCGCGAUGCCGGUGCGCACCAUCGAGGACGACGAAGUGGGCUUCGCAGAGGGUGAGGAGGAGGCGGCAUACCCACAGAGGAGGGUGCUUGCUUACAGCCCCACUUCCAUCGGCUACGGAGGGCUGGAGGCGAACAAGGCGGCGUGCUACGGCUCCUGCCCCGGCCGGGGGCAGCCCUACACCGGCCGCGGCUGCAAGGCCAUCUUCGGCUGCCGCGGGCGUUGAUUAUCUCAUCUCAUCUGGAAGGUACUGCCAUUCCUGUUUGCUUCAUGGCAGGAACAAGUGCCCUUCUUCCACUGACCCAGAAAGCUGUGGGGAGAUAAAAAAAAAAGUGGUUACUGUGUAAGCUCAAGUAGUUUCACAUGCAUGUAUUUGUGUUCUUGUAUGUAAUCUUUGGUUCCUUGUGUGUACAAUAAUGUGUGUUUGGAUGAAUUCAAGCAUACAUACGAUUCAGAAAAAUGGUUUGCGUUAUCAGUUUCCAGGAAGAAAGGAAUAAACAGCUGAAACAAGAGGAAAAUGUUAGUGGGAUAUGAUUGACUAGUCAAAAGGAGACUAAAGAUGUAAUCUGCUCGGCUUCUAAAACUGACUCAUCCUGUACUAAUAUUAGCCAAUGGCUAGCCAUUCAAAUGCCAUGUGCGUGAGUUCAUGUUUC